AGCCCUUUCUGGCGGCCUGACAAACCAGCUCCUCCAGGCCAAGGGGAUGGGGCGGGGUGCGGCCAGAGGGAGGCAGACCAGCCUCAGCUUCAGGCACUCAGCCUGCAGCGGUAAUGGGGCUCCUCUGGAGGCAGCCUCACCCUGGGCUGCUGCUCCUCUGGGUGCUGCCGUGGCUGCAGCUCAGCUUGUGCCUGGAGUUGGUCCUCUACACGCCACAGAUCACAGCCUGGGACCUGGAAGGGAGGGUCACGGCCACCACAUUCUCCCUGGAGCAGCCUACCUGUAUCUUUGAUGGGCAUGCGGGUGCCAAUGACACCAUCUGGCUGGUGGUGGCCUUCAGCAAUGCCUCCAGGGACUUCCAGAACCCACGGACCUUGGCUGAGGUCCCCACCUCCCCACAGCUGCUGACCGAUGGCCACUACAUGACACUGCCCUUGUCCCCGGACCAGCUGCCCUGUGAGGACCCGCAGGGUGGCAGAGGAGGCAUCCGCUUGCUGCGAGUGGGCAGUGACUUCAGCUGCCAACAACAACCCUACUGCAAUGCUCCCCUCCCCAGCCCAGGGCCCUACAGCGUGAAGUUCCUUGUGAUGGACGUCAGUGGCUCUCCCAAGGCUGAGACCAAGUGGUCAGACCCCAUUACCCUCUGCCAAGGGAAGGCCCCGGGCUCCAUCGACACGUGGCCAGGGCGGAGGAGCGGCUGCAUGAUCGUCAUCACCUCCAUCCUCUUGUCCCUGGCCUGCCUCCUGCUCCUGGCCUUCCUGGCAGCCUCCACCUUGCGCUUCUCCAGCCUGUGGUGGCCAGAGGAGGUCCCUGAGCAGCUUCGGAUCGGCUCCUUCAUGGGGAAGCAUUAUGUGACCCACCACAUCCCGCCCAGCGAGGCUGCCACACUGCCUGUGGGAUGUGAGCCCGGCCUGGACCCCCUCCCGAGCCUCAGCCCUUAGCCUGGCCUCUGUGCCCCAGGCCUCCCCCCAGGGUACCCCGACUGCCUGGAAUUCUCCCCAGCUGCUCCUCCCCAGGUGUCUGUUAGUGAACCGGGGAGAGGCCAUGGUCAGGCUUUGAGUCCAGUCCCACCCCUGUCCUCACCCCUAUCCUGCCAGCCCUCCUGGGGGUGAAUCUGGAAGCAGAUGGACCCACCAGCCUCCCUGACCAGGAACUUUAGAUCACAGGGAGGAAACAGGCCCUGAGAUGACCCCUUGGCUGCUAUCCCCGUUUGUGCCUUUGGGGUGCCUCAUCUCCUAGGUCACAGAGACGCACACUCACUUCAGGGCCAGCAGCUACCAGGCACGCAGUGUGUAUGGAUAGGACAGGGCCCAUCCUGGGGCCUAUGAAGCCUGAGCCACCUUCAUUCCAUCCGAAAGCUGGGGCUCAGAUGCAGACUUUAGGGCAUCUCCAUUGUCCCUGGACACUGGCUCUUCCUGAGAAGGGACUCAGGCUAGAGGGUCAGGCACGGGUUCCAGCCACCACCUCCAAGCCCAUGCACUCCUCUGCUCACUCGCAUCCCUUGCUGAGCACCUGCUGGGUGCUGCGCAUAGUGUUAGAUGUGGGGGCUCAAGCAGAGCUGGUCCUGAGCUUGGGGUCUUCCUGCUCCGGAUCUCAACCACGUGUCCAAACGUGACCUUGUAAGGUUGUGGGUCUCACACCUUAGACUGUUAACUUUCUUUCUGGCUCGUCACAGUGAGCUCUCUGGGAGUCAAGAGACCCCAAUCCCUGGAAGGAUCUCACUGCAGACCCCAGAAGUCCUGUCCUCAAAGCCAGUAG